UUCCCUAUUAUUUUAAAGGUCUCUGGGGAACAAGACUCAUGGAAGAUAACAGCACUAACCGAGAGAAAUACCUUAAAAGUGUCUUACGGGAACUGGUCACGUACCUCCUUUUCCUCGUAGUCUUGUGCAUCCUGACCUAUGGCAUGAUGAGCUCCAGCGUGUACUACUAUACCCGGCUGAUGUCACAGCUCUUCCUAGACACCCCCGUGUCCAAAACGGAGAACACCAACUUUAAAACCCUCUCUUCCAUGGAAGACUUCUGGAAGUUCACAGAAGGCUCUUUACUGGACGGGCUGUAUUGGAAGAUGGAGCCCAGCAACCAAACUGAAGCCGACAACCGAAGUUUCAUUUUCUAUGAGAAUCUGCUGUUAGGGGUCCCCCGGAUACGGCAGCUCAGAGUCAGGAAUGGCUCCUGCUCUAUCCCACAGGACCUGAGAGAUGAAAUUAAAGAGUGCUAUGAUGUCUACUCCGUCAGUAGUGAAGACAGGGCUCCAUUUGGGCCACGAAAUGGAACAGCUUGGAUCUACACAAGUGAAAAAGACUUGAACGGGAGUAGCCACUGGGGAGUAAUUGCAACCUACAGCGGAGCUGGCUAUUACCUGGACUUGUCGAGAACAAGAGAGGAGACGGCUGCCCAGAUUGCUAGCCUCAAGAGGAAUGUCUGGCUGGACCGAGGAACCAGGGCAACGUUUAUUGACUUCUCAGUGUACAACGCCAACAUUAACCUGUUCUGCGUGGUCAGGUUACUGGUUGAGUUCCCAGCAACAGGCGGUGUGAUUCCAUCUUGGCAAUUCCAGCCUGUGAAGCUGAUCCACUAUGUCACAACUUUUGAUUUCUUCCUGGCCGCCUGUGAGAUAAUCUUUUGUUUCUUUAUCCUUUACUACGUGGUGGAAGAGAUAUUGGAAAUUCGCAUUCACAGAUUACACUAUUUCAGGAGUUUCUGGAAUUGUCUGGAUGUUGUCAUCAUCGUGCUAUCAGUGGUAGCUAUAGGAAUCAACAUAUACCGAACUUCAAAUGUGGAGGUGCUAAUGCAGUUUCUGGAGCAUCAAAAUACCUUUCCCAACUUCGAGCAUCUGGCGUACUGGCAAAUACAGUUCAACAAUAUUGCUGCUGUCACGGUAUUUUUAGUCUGGAUUAAGCUCUUCAAAUUCAUCAAUUUCAACCGCACCAUGAGCCAGCUCUCCACGACCUUAUCUCGCUGCGCCAAAGACCUCUUUGGCUUUGCCAUCAUGUUCUUCAUUAUUUUCUUGGCAUAUGCUCAGUUGGCAUACCUUGUCUUCGGCACCCAGGUGGAUGACUUCAGUACUUUCCAAGAGUGUAUCUUCACUCAAUUCCGUAUCAUUUUGGGCGAUAUCAACUUUGCAGAGAUUGAGGAAGCUAAUCGAAUCUUGGGACCAAUUUAUUUUACCACCUUUGUGUUCUUUAUGUUCUUCAUCCUUUUGAAUAUGUUUUUGGCCAUCAUCAAUGAUACUUAUUCUGAAGUGAAAUCAGAUAUGGCCCAGCAGAAAGCUGAAAUGGAACUCUCAGAUCUUAUCAGAAAGGGCUACCAUAAAGCACUGGUCAAACUAAAACUGAAGAAAAAUACUGUGGAUGACAUUUCAGAGAGUCUCCGGCAAGGGGGAGGCAAAUUAAACUUUGAUGAACUUCGACAAGAUCUCAAAGGGAAGGGCCAUACUGAUGCAGAGAUUGAGGCAAUAUUCACGAAAUAUGACCAAGACGGAGACCAAGAACUGACCGAGCACGAACAUCAGCAGAUGAGAGAUGACUUGGAGAGAGAGAGGGAGGACCUGGACCUGGACCACAGCUCCUUACCACGUCCCAUGAGCAGCCGAAGCUUCCCACGAAGCCUGGAUGACUCCGAGGAGGAUGAUGAUGAAGACAGUGGGCACAGCUCCAGAAGGAGGGGGAGCAUCUCCAGCGGGGUUUCUUAUGAAGAGUUUCAAGUCCUGGUGAGAAGAGUGGACCGAAUGGAGCACUCCAUCGGCAGCAUCGUGUCCAAGAUUGACGCUGUGAUAGUGAAGUUGGAGAUCAUGGAACGGGCCAAGCUGAAGAGAAGGGAGGUGCUGGGGAGGCUGCUGGAUGGAGUGGCUGAGGAUGAAAGACUGGGUCGUGACAGUGAGAUCCACAGGGAGCAGAUGGAACGGCUGGUGAGGGAAGAGUUGGAGCGCUGGGAAUCUGACGAUGCAGCUUCCCAGAUCAGUCACGGCUUAGGCACGCCAGUGGGACCGGAUGGUCAACCUCACCCCAGAAGCUCCCGCCCUUCUUCCUCCCAGUCUACAGAAGGCAUGGAAAGUGGAGGUGGAAAUGGGAGUUCCAAUAUCCAUGUGUAACACGUAGGAGUCCCAGUACCUGUGUAGAAUGCGUGUGUUAGGAUGUGUGUUUGUAACAGGUGAGACGGUGCUGUCCUGAGUUGCCGUUAACAAGUACACGGUAUUUAUAUGCCCUGACACAAUAUGAUGCUGGUCUUUGGGACUGCAUAUUAAUCUUCUGCACUUUAAUUUAUUUGAUAUAAACUUUGCCCAUGAAUCAACUUGUU